AUGUCACAGAGGGAGGUGCAGUCAUACCAUGGUGGAGAGAUGAGGGAUGGGAGAGGACCCCAGUGCUCGAUGGAGGAGCAGAACCGAGUUCAUGCGGCCAAAAUUAGUGAGGGCGCAACGGAGAAGACUCAUGUCACAGAGCCAUCACUUCCCAUCAGUCCCUCCGUUCAUUCUGCCAAGAAGGUCAGGAAAGCGCUGAAAUUUGAUGAUGAGAUUUCUGUCCCAAAUGGAGGAGCGGCUAAGGAGCUGGUACAAGGGUUAGAGAUAUAA